AAUUUAGGAGGAGAACAUGGUAACUAAUGCGAGUUCAGCAAAAAUCGAAAAACUGGUUUCUGUUCCAGCACUGGCGUUCAAUAAGCGUGAUCACUUUUUGGCUUAUACCAAAAAGGUAGAAUGGGCUAAUAAGCUCACAGAAUCAAAAGGUGUAUCAAGUUCUGAAAUAAAAGAUCUUGCCAUGAAAGCAUAUCAACCUAUUCCUGACAAUUUCGCUCCUAAAUCGAAUGAACCAAUAGUACAACAGAAACCUUUGCUUACUACUUCCAAGAUUCAUUCGAACAUACCACGCCAAAAUGAUAUGCCAGUGCCCAAAGAAAAUUUCAACAAAUCUUCGCAUAAAAAUGAUGAAAAUGAAUACUACGUGAUACAAUCUGUUACUGCAAGAUCUUCUACACAAAGAAGAAGUGAUCCCUACUUAGAAGGAGAAUAUCUGAUUGGUCCCAUGCUGGCUGUUUUGAGUAAAUUAUUUGAGAGUAUUAAUAUCAUCCGGUCAAAAGCUCCUAUUUUUAUAAUGUUGAAGCUAAACAUUGAAGCUUACAAAGUGUCAUUCUGCGUAGCCUAA